UCUCAAUGGAACAUCUAGAAAAGUCCUCUUCUGGCAAGACCUUGAUCAGCCCAGGGCAAUAGCUUUGGAUCCGGCUCAUGGGUACAUGUACUGGACGGACUGGGGUGAGACACCCCGGAUAGAGCGGGCAGGAAUGGACAGCAGCAUGCGGAAGAUCAUUGUCGAUUCCGAUAUUUAUUGGCCAAACGGACUCACCAUCGAUCUCGACGAGCAGAAGCUUUACUGGGCUGAUGCAAAACUCAGUUUCAUUCAUAGGGCAAAUCUGGAUGGUUCCUUUAGGCAAAAAGUUGUGGAAGGUAGUCUUACUCAUCCCUUUGCUCUGACACUGUCUGGGGACACUCUGUACUGGACGGACUGGCAGACGCGCUCCAUCCACGCCUGCAACAAAAGGACGGGAGAGAAGAGGAGAGAGAUCCUGUCUGCCCUCUACUCCCCCAUGGACAUCCAGGUCCUGAGCCCGGAGCGGCAGCCCUACUUUCACACUCCAUGUGAAGACAACAAUGGUGGUUGCUCCCAUCUGUGCCUGCUGUCUCCAAGGGACCCCUUCUACAGCUGUGCCUGUCCCACUGGUGUGCAGCUGGAAGAUGAUGGCAGGACCUGCAAAGCAGGUGCUGAGGAAGUCUUGCUGCUGGCUAGAAGAACUGACUUGAGGAGGAUUUCCCUGGACAUGCCGGAUUUCACCGACAUCAUUCUGCAGAUAGACAACAUCAGACAUGCGAUUGCCAUUGACUACGACCCUGUGGAAGGCUACAUCUACUGGACUGACGAUGACGUCCGGGCAAUUCGCAGGGCCUACCUGGAUGGCACCGGGGCCCAGACUCUGGUGACCACGGAAAUCAACCAUCCAGAUGGCAUUGCUGUGGACUGGGUGGCCAGGAACCUGUACUGGACUGACACUGGCACGGACCGCAUCGAAGUGACCCGGCUGAACGGCACCUCGAGGAAGAUCCUCAUCUCAGAGAACCUCGAUGAACCCCGAGCCAUAGUGCUCAAUCCUGUGAUGGGCUACAUGUAUUGGACAGACUGGGGUGAAAGUCCAAAGAUAGAAUGUGCUUAUUUGGAUGGCUCAGAAAGGCGAGUUCUGGUGAAUACAUCCCUUGGGUGGCCUAAUGGCUUGGCACUGGAUCUUGAAAAAAACAAGCUUUACUGGGGAGAUGCGAAAACAGAUAAAAUUGAGGUCAUAAACAUUGACGGAACAAUGAGGAAAACCCUCUUAGAAGACAAGCUUCCACAUAUAUUUGGGUUCACACUGCUGGGGGACUACAUCUACUGGACUGACUGGCAGAGACGAAGCAUUGAAAGAGUUCACAAGGUUAAGGCCAGCAGAGACAUCAUUAUUGAUCAGCUGCCGGAUUUAAUGGGCCUUAAGGCAACGAGCGUCACCAAAGUGUUUGGAACCAAUUCAUGCGCAGAGAACAAUGGAGGCGCAGCCAUCUGUGUUUCUUUACACCCCAGGAGGCCAGGUGUGCCUGUCCCAUUGGCCUUGAGCUGUUGAGUGACAUGAAGACUUGCAUCAUUCCUGAAGCCUUCUUAGUUUUCACAAGCAGAGCAGCAAUUCAUAGGAUUUCCCUUGAAACCAAUAAUAAUGAUG